CUAAAGUAAAUCCUUCCGACGCUAAGGGAAGCUGAAAGAUUUUGAAGAUCCAAUUUCGAAGCGGUGAACUUGCGGUCUGCAUUUCAACCAGGCAGAAUUCCAUCAACCUCAACCCCGCGACGACACUCACGAUGGGCCGCAAACCAAACGCCUUAAUCCUCCAGCACUUUGAGCGCGGCGCGAAGCUCAAUGACAGCAGCAAUCGUUACGAGCAUACAUGCAAAGCAUGCGGUGAAAAAUUUCCCAAAGGACGAAUCGAUAGUCUCUCGAACCAUCUUACGAAGAAAUGUCCUGCUCUUUCCACGCAAGAUCGGCAGAAGGCCGCUCUCGAGCUCAACAACUUGCCUCACUUGCCAGAGAAUGCGCGCGGCGAGAUGCUCAUGAAAGGUCAAACAAUGGAGCUGCCUAUCGGUCAUCAGAGCCAAGAAAACUGGUCUGCUCUAUCCGUCCUGGCAGAAGUCUCGAGGCAAAUUGACUCGAAGGAGAAGCACGAUGAUCGCUCAGUCCAUAAUCAGAGUACUGCUGGUGGCAGAUCUUCAGAACCGCCUCGCAGCACAAGACUUGAACUUCAGGAACACUACACUCCAGAGAAUCCUCCCGUCAGUUACGAGCAAAGAGUUCAGCGAGAUAAGAAGUCAUUCGGCCAAAAGCUGCGACGGGAGAGCGAGAGCUCAGCGAAUAAUGCCAACUUCAGCUCGAACUUGAAUAAAUCCAGAUCCGCGUCUCCUAAUUUAGCAAUGGCUACCACUGCGACAAAUAUGGCUGCGGCGGCAGCUCGCUUCGUUCCAUCAAUGGUUGACCCUCAGCUCCUUGCAGAUGAUGCGAAUGUACAGUCUAGCUUACCGGCAAAGACAAUUGAACAAGCUCUUAGUGAGGCUAAUGUGUCAUUUGCUGAGAAUAUGUUCAAUGGUGGUCAAGACCAGCAAUUGCAAUGGCCCAUGCUGGAUGGAUCGGGUGUCAACCACUUCCAGGAGGGCGGUCAUCUUGAACAUGCCAUGGAACAGUCUGAGCCGCAACGAGCUAUCAUAUUCACCCCUAUUGCUGCAUCUGUGGCAAUGCACCCAGGUUCGCAGGUACCAAUGACCACACAAUUCAGUGCAGAGUUUGGUAAUGGCCAGAAGGCGCCUAAGCAGAAAGGUCGAGUCAAGUUCUCUGGGGUUCGACGCAAGGAAGUUUCCAAAGUUCGAUCCAUCGGAGCUUGUCUUCGGUGCAGAAUGUUGAAGAAACCAUGCUCAGACGGAACGCCUUGCACAACAUGCAAGAGUGUUGAGAGUGCUCGACUAUGGAAGCAACCUUGUGUCCGUACUCGCCUGGCAGACGAGCUAGAGAUGUACUCGGCUGGUCUCCACGUUGUACUAGCACAUCAACAAAUCACAAAUGCCAAGACACAAAUCACUUUUCAACCCUCCGCACAUCAGAUCGAAGCCUCGCAUUACCCAGAAACAACUGUGUUCGCCACCUUCAACGCACUGGAAGGACAUCAGACACCUGCGCAAGGAAGCAUCGAUCCCAAUCUCAGUAGCGAUUUCAGCGUCCAUGACCUUCACAUCCUCGAUCACGAGAAUGACGACCUUCCUAUGAAGCUCGAAGCGUACAUGAAGCGCAUUGCUAAUGUCUUCAUCGAGCGCGAAGCUUCUCACUUCAUGAAUGUUACACUCAAUACAGCCCAGAGAUUGGCCGUCGACGAUCCACUUCUGGGACAAGCCUUGGAAUUGUGGUCAGUCGUCCAGAUGCUUGUUGAUCACAAUCCCAGAUGGACGAUCUCCGAGCGGGUCAAUAUCGACGCACAAGCUGGGCAGGGUCCAACCGUCAAUGUUCCUAGCUAUGACCUACUUGUGUCUCAACUUAAUGCCGCAGCCGAGAAAAAGGCAUCAACGCUCUGCAAAGAGGUGUUGAGUGUUCUGGAGCGCCGUCUACUAGCCCGAUCGGCAUCUUCGAAAUUCGAUACUUUUCUCAUUGCCCUUAUCGUGCUGAACUGUGUCGAGAAGUCGACCUGGCUAUUCAAAUCUUGGGAGCAAGACCACUUUAAAGCCCGCUGGCCCCUGGACAAGAUUCCCAACUUCUAUGCCACACAGGGAGAGAAGCUCACUAAUCUGUUGCAAAUGCUUCUGCACAUGCGACAAGUUAUACCCAAGACAUACGUUAAUCCUGACGGUAUCAUUGCCACGGAUCUUGAUCCAAUCACAAAGGAGUACUUCAAUCAGUUACAGUUGAACUAUGUCGAAGUUCUGAAUAAGCAAGCAAAUCAUACCUUCCAUACUUCCAAUACUCACUGCUAUGAGCUACGCUUCUGCUCGCAGCUUCUUCUUCCCACUAAGUAGUCCUUCAACGCAACUACCCAUCUUUUCUUUUCUUGUAUACCUUCUGUCUGCCUGGCAAUGUGGCACGAGAUAUGUGAUAUGAUCGGCGAGCGCUACACUGACAUUGAGCCAUCUGCAUGGCAUUGCGUCGGAGCAUAUGAUGUAUUGCGGUACUUGCGCUUGCAUUCAGUGGUCAAGGCUUGGCUUUGUGCAUGUUCAUUGGAUUUUGGAAGUUUUGUUCUGCUUUAGCAAGGUGUCCUUGGAGUACAAGUUACUUUUAAUGUAGAAAUUGGGCAGGUCACAGGGGUUUCGAGACCUACGAUAAACUUCGAAAACACCUCCUACUUUUUUCAUUGCUGCGUGGCUGUUUCGGUUCCAUUGAUUGUGGCAUAUCACCCAUAGGGGGACCUAUCAGAGAAGCCUACAAAACUUCCUUGUAUGCUACAGAGAUCAUGAUGGAAUUGAUAUAUGAUUUAAUGAUAUGAUUAUCAAAUCGUUGAUUUGUGCAAGGAUCCUAAUCAUGCUUUUGUGAUGUAAUUCUAGAUGUUGUUGACC